UUCUCCCCCCACCAUCUCUCUCUCUGCUUUACACACUCCCUCUCUCUCUCUUUUUAGCAGCAACAUACAAGCCGGCCAUAUUAGAGAGAUGGAAAUAAAGCUUCCUUAAUGUUGUAUAUGUCUUUGAAGUACAUCCGUGCAUUUUUUUUUAGCAUCCAACCAUUCCUCCCCUGUAGUCCUCGCCCCCUCAAAUCACCCUCUCCCGUAGCCCACCCGACUAACAUCUCAGUCUCUGAAAAUGCACAGAGAUGCCUGGCUACCUCGCCCUGCCUUCAGUCUCACGGGGCUCAGUCUCUUUUUCUCUUUGGUGCCAUCAGGACAGAGCAUGGAGGUCACAGUACCUCCCAUCCUCAACGUCCUCAAUGGCUCUGACGCCCGCCUGCCCUGCACCUUCAACUCCUGCUACAAGGUAAACCACAAGCAGUUCUCCCUGAACUGGACUUACCAGCAGUGCAACAACUGCUCGGAGGAGAUGUUCCUCCAGUUCCGCAUGAAGAUCAUUAACCUGAAGCUGGAGCGGUUUCAAGACCGCGUGGAGUUCUCGGGGAACCCCAGCAAGUACGAUGUGUCCGUGAUGCUGAGAAACGUGCAGCUGGAGGACAAGGGCAUUUACAACUGCUACGUCAUGAACCCACCCGACCGCCACCGUGGCCACGGCAAGAUUCACCUGGAGGUCAUUAUGGAAGAGCCCCCUGAGCGGGACUCCACCGUGGCCGUGAUUGUGGGUGCCUCUGUCGGGGGCUUCCUGGCUGUGGUCAUCUUGGUGCUGGUGGUGGUCAAGUGCGUGAGGAGAAAAAAGGAGCAGAAGCUGAGCACAGAUGACCUGAAGACCGAGGAGGAGGGCAAGACGGACGGCGAGGGCAAUGCAGAUGAUGGCGCCAAGUAGUGGGUGGGUGGCCCUGCAGCCCCCGCGUCCCGUCUCCUUCCAAUCCGUCCUGUACAGUGACCCUGCCUGCCCGCUCUUGGUGUGCGUCCCGUGGCCUAGGACCCCAGGGCCUAUCUGUGGCCUCCUGAACCCCCCACUUUCUAUCUCCCGCCCUGCACCAAGAGUGACCCACUCUCUUCCAUCUGAGAAGCCUGCCAUGCUCUGGGACGUGUGGGCCCUGGUGAGAGAAGAGAAGGGGCUCCCACCUGUCAGUCCCUGGGAGGAGGCAGGAGACAUGUGUGAAGGUCCCCAGAGAGAAGGGAGUGGGUGGGCAGAGGUGGAGGAGGGGGCCGCUGUCCACCUGCCCAGUGCUUGGCCUGGCAGUGGCUUCAGAGAGGACCUGGUAGGGAGAGAGGGCUUUCCUGUGCUGACAGAGCUCCCUCAGGAGGGCCUUGGCCCGGCACAGCUGUGCUCCUCCCCUGCUCCUAGCCCAGAGCAGCCGUCAGGCUGGAGGUGACAAUGAGUUCCUGAAACUUGGAAGGGCAUGUUAAAGGGGUGACUGUGCAUUCCAGGGCACUGAAGGAAAGCUGGGGCUGCGGGCAAGGCUGGACAUGAGCCUUGGCCCAGGAGGCCAUGCCGGGCCCUUGUUUCCAUUGCCAGUGGCCUCCUUGGGUCUCCCAUUGGCUCCUAAUCCCUUGGGACUCUGGAUGAGGCCAGAACUCGAAGAGCAGCUCCAGGUAGGGGGCCAUGUUCCACGGCGGGGUACCCACCAACAGAGGCCAGUUUCAAAGUCAGCCAAGGGGCUGAGGGGUGAGCUCCAUGGUGAAUGGAGGUUGCUACAGGCUCUACCUUCUCCAUGGUGUGACUAACCUCACUGGGAAGGGGCAGCCAAGGAUGGGAAAUGAGGAGACCAAGCACAGGGUGGGGAAGCUUUAUCUGGGGCUUCAGUGACAACUCUCCCAGUUCCCCUCAGUAGGGUUUCCACCUGGCUUUUGGCUACAGAGGGAAGGGAACGCCUGAGGCUGGCAUGAGGGAGGCCUUGGAGCCUGAGACCCCAACGUCCACCCUCCUCUCCCAACAACUCCCUUUGUGGGGACAAAAGUGGCAAUUGUGGGCCAGGCACAGUGGCUCACGCCUGUAAUUCCAGCACUUUGGGAGGCCAAGGUGGGUGGAUCACCUGAGGUCAGGAGUUCAAGACCAGCCUGGCCAACAUGGCAAAAUCCAUCUCUACUAAAAAUACAAAAGUUAGUCAGGUGUGGUGCAUGCCUGUAAUCCCAACCACUUGGGAGGCUAAGGGAGAAUUGCUUGAGCCCAGGAAGUAGAGGUUGCAAUGAACCAAGAUCGCGCCACUGCAAGCCAGCCUGGGUGACAGAGAGACUCCAUCUCAAAAAAAAGUGGCAAUUGUGGGGAGCUGACCAUCACUGCCAUUACACUCACAUUCAAUGGAAAUCGAUUAGGCCUGAGAGAAGGAGCAAGAGACAGAAACACUGACCCUGAGAACAUGACCUUGGAAGACCCUCAGAGAUCAACUAGCCAAGUCACUCAUUUACAGAUGGGGAAACUGAGGUUCCAACAGGCAGAAACAGGGUCCUGCCCUCUUCUCUGGCUCCUCGGUCUCCAGUUUGGAUCAACAGAGCCAUCAUUUUCCCAGUGGGAUGGGCUUCUGGGACCUGGUCCUUGAUGGGGUGAGGUGGAGGGAUGGGCUCCUUUAGCCCUGCCCCUCUCCCAGGAGCCCAGCCCCUGUAACCGGGACUGAGGAGGAUUGGAGGGAAGCAAGGAGGGAGGGAGCCAGAGUGUGAAGGGCGCAGCUGCUGGCAAUGCCCCAUUCCCUGCUCCAGCACUUCCCAGCCUUUCCAGGAGCUCAGCCCCACCCCUGCUCAGGGAGUCAGGUGCCCAGGGAGUCAGGUGCCCAGGGUAGGGAAUAGGUCUGAGGAAAGGGGGUGGAGGCAGGACCGUGACAGUCUCAGGGACCAAUCCCUGCCUCUUCCCCUCACAUGGCCAAUUUGGGGAGAGAGAAAUAUCGUCUAGGAGAUUCAGCUUAAUUUGCUUCGAUUCAGCAACCAUUUAUUGAGCAUCUAUUAUGUGCCAGGCACUGUGCAGGGCACCGGGGAUAUACACAAAGCCAUAAGCAUUGGGGACUGCCAGGUCAGCACUGUAGGGACCAAGAUUAACUUUUUGGUGCAUCUAAUUCCACCUCUGCAAGACGCCGCUUCCAAGGCUACAGUUGGGGAAGAUGAAGAGAUUCUAGAAUCUGAGCCCUGGGAAGGGAGACACAGCAGGGAAGAGGGGCGAUACAACAGGGUCAAGGGUACAGAGGCCAGGCAGAGUGGGUGCAGAGUGGGGCAUGGGCAAGCAGCCUGGUAACACCUGUGUGAGGUGAGUGAGUCAAGCCCAUCUGGAAAUGCUAAACUCAUCAGCUCAGUACCUAACUGCCAAUCAACACACUGCCAACAGGGGUGGGCUAAGCUACAGGGAUGCCUGCAGCGGACAGACGCUGCCCAUCCUCGAGCCUGCCAGCUGGGGGCAGAGAGGUGGGUGGUGAGCAUGUCAUGCCAGCCGGGCCAAGAUUGGUUGUCUACAUUUCUGCAGCUUGCAGAUUUUGUUUUUUUGGUCACGCUUUAAGUGUCCUUCUCUCCCAGGAUGAGUGAGGAUCUGUGCUGAUGUUGGGAUCUUAUCUUUGUCCAGAAUCCAUUAAUUUUUAGGGGAAUUAUUUGCAGGCUUUCCUAGUGUAUUCUGAGAAGUUCUAACUCUCCAUCAAGAAGCCCAAGAUUUCUGGAGUUCUUUUUUUUCCUCUGCCCUGACCAACUGGGGCCCAGGGAAAGCAAUGUCUCUUCAGGGGCCUCAUGGCCCAGGCAGAUGGGGCUGGGUCAGGAGCCAUCUCUGCCCCAGGUGCUCUGUCCUCGUAUGCAUUUUCUUCUGGAGCCUCUUAGAAUCUCCUCCAGAGGAUUCAGGGCUGCCUCCCCCAGGGCAGUGAGGUUGGGAGCAAAAUGGGGCUUCUGUAAGUAGAGGUGGAAAACCAGUGAGAUGUUUCCACAGCGGCCAUUUCCACAGCUACCCUGCUUCCUAACUUACGCUGAAAAGUUCCUCCUCUUCCUACCGUGGGGCUUGAUCCCGGCUUCUGGCUGCAGGUUCCCACCACUAAGCUCUGCUGGUUUCAGUCUGCUGACUCUCUCAACUGCUCCAGCCUCUCCUGCUCUCUCAGCACCUCACCCCACCCCCAUCUGUCUCUUCCUCCUAAUUAAGGGCCACUGCACAGAGAGACGGGCUGGCUAACCCAUGGGAUUUAGCUUAUAAGAACAAAGCACAAUUUUUCAGGACUGAAAUGCCUUGAGGUGCCUUGGAACUGGCUUUGGAAAUUGCUAUCUGCCUCCUAGCUAUGGACUCAUCACAGUUAGUUCCAGUUUAUAAAAAGGAAAAGCUGAUGGGAUCCAUAUUUCUCUCUGCGAGUCUCCUUGGGGAGGUUGGACUGGUAAAUAUUUACAAGGUCAGGUUAAGCAGACAGACAAUUGAAAAUACUGGGCAGGUCCAAAAGGACAGUCCCAGGCCAUAGGAAUGGCUUGGUGCAGUUCACGGGUGAUGAAGCAAGAAAUCUUCCUUCCUACUUAUGUCUUAAGGAUGGGCAGCCUGUGUCUCUUGCUGUGCCUCUUGCUGGCGUCUUCCUUUAUUGAAGCUUGCUGAUGCACUGUACAUAGUCUCUAUAGGUAUAGCUAUAUUAUAUAACAAAUAUCAAGCAUCUUGCCACACCCACCCCAAAAGUUACACUGUGUGUGUGUGUGUGCGUGUGCGCGUGCGUGUGUGUGUGGACAUGUAAUCACUUCUCAGUGUUUUGAGUUGAUUCACCAAAGGCAAAUUUUGGAAUGUUCUUGCACUUCGUGCACUUGGAGGGGAAAACCCAACUACUUACGCACUUUCUCGGUUGUGAGUGCUGUAGAGAGGCUGGAAGGGGUGGUUGGAAGGGGAGAGACGCUGAGACUGCCCUCUAUGACCCGGCUGCUGGAUGUAUCUGCUUUUGGGAGCAGACUGACUUUUUUUUUGCACUUUGUCUUAUUGUUUGGGUCUACUGGCAACAAUAAACUGUCUCCCCUGAAAA